GAGCAGUGCAGAUGCCCCCGGCUGGCUGGGAGCUGCCCGGUUCGCAUGGUCGGUAGUGCUAAUUCCGUGCCAGGAGCAGCCCUGCUGGCAAGGCAGCCCCCAGGCCAGGGGGGCGCAGAACCCAGCGAGGUGGGGAGGGGGCAGGCUGCAGAGCUGGCCGGGGGGAGGGGAGGACAGGUGUUAGGAAGGAGAACCCUGCCAGGUCCCCUGCCUCGCUUUCCCCAGGCCGGCUGGAGUGCGGGCAGGGUAGCAGCUUGAUGGGGGCCUGCCCUCAGGCCGGCGUCUGUCCUGUGUGGGAGCUGGUGUCCCUCUUGCAGUCACAGGCCUCUGCGGAGAAGGAUCCCCUGGCCAGGGCCGUGCUGCAGCCCUCCUGGGAGGAGCCGUUCCACGCUGCUGCGAACACAGUGCUGUCUCCUGCUGCUCCAUUCUGCCUCAGCUAAUUGUAUCGCCCCCUCGCUGUCUGAGCACCGCCCUAGGAGUUAAAAAUAGAACCGCAACAAUCCCUCUGCCUGCCUUGCCCGGCAGAGAGAUGGCUUCAGUGGGUACCAGGUCUAUUUGCCUUUAACCUGGCUUGAGAGGAGGCUGAGUCUGAGAGCCGUGCGGUGCGGCUAUGGGUCUCGCUUCCCUUGUGGCAGAGAGUUCCUGAGGCUAGGGCCAGGUCCUAGCAAGUUGUCUCCUGCACUUGUGAGUCUUCUCCAGUUGGGCGACAGUUGAAUUAUUCUGUCAGCACUGAGCUGUGGUGUGAGCUUGGGGCUGUGGAGGGAAGGGGUGUCAUGUACCCACAGGAUCGGGGCAACACCUCAGUCUGAUGGAGGAGCCCCAGGGGUCUCAGUCAGCCUCCAGGGCAGGCCUCGCCACCUGCUGAAACUGAACCUCUGGGGCACCAGCCCCCCUGCACCCCGUGAGCCCUGCCCAGCGAGAGCAACUGAGCCAGACUCCUGGCAGAGACGCACCCGCUCCGCAGGGACCGCUGCACCUCAGCAUGUUGACACUCAAACCAGUGACGGGUGGAAUGGUGCUGGGUGGAUCAGUCCCUUCUCUGUGCUGCCUGUCCUGAGCUCCAGCAGAGCUGGCAGUCACUGUGCAGGUGAUGCUGCCCCCACAUUUCAUUCUGAGCCCGAGUGAGAAAGAGAAGGGUUAACGGGGCCGGGCACCGGCCACUCGGCCUCACCAUGAGCCGCUCCCAGGUUUCCUCCGGGAUUCACCACAUCGUCUCCUCUGCCUUCGAGAGCCCGGAGGCGGACGCCCUGGGCCCCGGCUCACCCGCGGCGGCGGAGGAGGAGGAGACCGACCUGAACAAGACGCUGGGGGUGGAGCGCUUCGAGGUGAUCCUGCACGACUCGCACCAGCGCAACGGGGAGGAGGCCGGCCGCAGCUACGGCGAGGAGGAUUUUGAGUAUCACCGCCAGUCGUCCCACCACAUCCACCACCCCCUCUCCACGCACCUGCCCCCCGACGCCCGCAGGAAGAAGGGGGGACAGAAGGGCAAGAAGAAGCGGCGCCGGGCGUCCGUUCCGGGAGAGACCCCCACCAUCGAGGAGGCGGAGGAGGAUGAGGAUGAGACCUGUGACACGGAGCCGGAGCGGUCGGCCGAGGAGCUGCCCGGGGGGAUCCAGUUCUUCUUGCAGGAGGACGAGGCUGCUGAGCGCUGCCCAGAGGAGCCCACGACCCCAAAGUCUCUGCCAAGCUCCCCCAUGGAACUGGGGGGGGCUGCAGCUACAGACCCCAAGGGGGCCGGCCCCAGGGCCGAGGAGGAGCGUGGGCCCGACGGGCCCAGUGCAGACGAGCCCAGCUGCCCAGGCCGCCCCGUUCCCAAGUCCCAGCCAGGGCACCGGAGCUACAACCUGAACGAGAGGCGGCGCAUCGGCAGCAUGACGGGGGUGGAGCAGGCCCAGUACCAGAAGGUGCCCACGGAUGAAUCGGAGGCCCAGACGCUGGCCUCGGCCGACCUGGACUACAUGAAGAGCCACAGGUUCGAGGACGUGCCUGGGGUCCGACGGCACCUGGUCCGCAAGAGCGCCAAGGGCCAAGUUGUGCACAUCAGCAAAGACCACACGGAGCCGAGCGCCCGGCUCAGGAAACACAACCGGCAGCCGCACGAGGUCUUUGUGGAGCUGAACGAGCUGGUGGUGGACAAGAACCAGGAGCUGCAGUGGAAGGAGACAGCGCGCUGGAUCAAGUUUGAGGAGGAUGUGGAAGAGGAGACCGAUCGCUGGGGGAAGCCCCAUGUGGCCUCCCUGAGCUUCCGCAGCCUGCUGGAGCUGCGCAAGACCCUCUCCCAUGGGGCCGUGCUGCUGGACCUGGACCAGAAGACGCUGCCGGGCGUGGCGCACCAGGUGGUGGAGCAGAUGAUCAUCUCGGACCAGAUCCGGGCCGAGGACCGCGCCAACGUGCUGCGGGCGCUGCUGCUAAAGCACAGCCACCCGAGCGACGAGAAGGAUUUCUUCCCUCGCAACAUCUCAGCUGGCAGCCUGGGCUCCCUGCUGGUGCAUCACCACAGCGCCAACCACGUGGGCGAGGGCGGCGAGCCCACGGUCACCGAGCCCCUCAUCGGCACCCACGCUGCCGAACACGAGGCCAGGGUCGAGGUGGAGCGGGAGCGAGAGAGCCUGAGCUCGGCACCCCCAGCUGGCAUCACAAGGUCGAAGUCGAAGCACGAGCUGAAGCUGCUGGAGAAGAUCCCGGACAACGCGGAGGCCACGGUGGUGCUUGUGGGCUGCGUGGAGUUCCUGGACCAGCCCACCAUGGCCUUCGUGCGGCUGCAGGCGGCCGUGGAGCUGGACUCGGUGCUGGAGGUGCCCAUCCCCGUCCGCUUCCUCUUCGUGCUCCUGGGGCCCAGCAGUGCCAACAUGGACUACCACGAGAUCGGGCGCUCCAUCUCCACCCUCAUGUCCGACAAGCAAUUCCAUGAGGCAGCGUAUCUGGCUGACGACCGGUACGACCUGCUCAGCGCCAUCAAUGAGUUCCUGGACUGCAGUGUGGUGCUGCCGCCCUCCGAGGUGCAGGGCGAGGAGCUGCUGCGCACCGUAGCCCACUUCCAGCGCCAGAUGCUCCAGAAGCGUGAGGAGCAGGAGCGCCGAGUGCUGCCAGGCACUGCGCUGGAGCCCAAGUCACCCGCCGAGAAAGCGCUGCUGAAGCUGAAGGUGGUGGAUGGGGAGGCGGAGGACGAGGAUGACCCCCUGCGGCGCACGGGUCGGCCCUUCGGGGGGCUCGUCCGUGACGUGCGCCGGCGCUACCCCAAGUACCUGAGUGACUUCAGGGACAGCCUGAACCCCCAGUGCGUCGCCGCCAUCAUCUUCAUCUACUUCGCCGCGCUCUCACCGGCCAUCACCUUCGGGGGGCUGCUGGGGGAGAAGACCCAGGACCUGAUCGGGGUGUCGGAGCUGAUCAUCUCCACGGCCGUGCAGGGCAUCGUCUUCUGCCUGCUGGGCGCCCAGCCGCUGCUCAUCAUCGGCUUCUCCGGGCCCCUGCUCGUCUUUGAAGAAGCCUUUUUCACAUUCUGCACGACCAACGGGCUGGAGUACCUGGUGGGGCGCGUGUGGAUCGGCUUCUGGCUCAUCCUCAUCGUGCUGGUGAUGGUGGCAGUGGAGGGCAGCAUCCUGGUGCGCUUCGUGUCUCGCUUCACCCAGGAGAUCUUCGCCUUCCUCAUCUCCCUCAUCUUCAUCUACGAGACCUUCUCCAAGCUGGCCAAGAUCUUCCAGGAGCACCCCCUGCACGGCUGCGGGCGGGCGAACGGGACGGGCAUGGAGAAUGGCAGCGCGCCCCUGGGGAACGGGACGGGGGGCCGGCCCGGGCCGGCGGUGACGGGGCAGCCCAACACGGCCCUGCUCUCGCUGGUGCUCAUGGCCGGCACCUUCUUCAUCGCCUUCUUCCUGCGCAAGUUCAAGAACAGCCGCUUCUUCCCCGGGCGGAUCCGUCGGGUGAUCGGGGACUUCGGGGUGCCCAUCGCCAUCCUCAUCAUGGUGCUGGUGGAUUUCAGCAUCCGGGACACGUACACGCAGAAGCUGAGCGUUCCCAGUGGCUUCUCAGUGACGGCCCCGGAGAAGCGGGGCUGGGUCAUCAACCCCCUGGGCGAGGGCAGCUCCUUCCCCGUCUGGAUGAUGGUGGCCAGCGCGCUGCCGGCUGUGCUGGUCUUCAUCCUCAUCUUCAUGGAGACCCAGAUCACCACGCUGAUCAUCAGUAAGAAGGAGCGCAUGCUGCAGAAGGGCUCCGGCUUCCACCUCGACCUGCUGCUCAUCGUGGCCAUGGGCGGCUUCUGCGCCCUCUUCGGGCUGCCCUGGCUGGCGGCCGCCACGGUGCGCUCGGUGACCCACGCCAACGCCCUGACGGUCAUGAGCAAGGCCGUGGCCCCCGGCGACAAGCCCAAGAUCCAGGAGGUGAAGGAGCAGCGCGUCACAGGGCUGCUGGUGGCCCUGCUCGUGGGCCUGUCCAUCGUCAUCGGGGACCUGCUGCGGCACAUCCCCCUGGCUGUGCUCUUCGGCAUCUUCCUGUACAUGGGCGUCACCUCGCUGAACGGCAUCCAGUUCUACGAGCGCCUGCACCUGCUCCUCAUGCCCCCCAAGCACCACCCCGACGUCACCUUCGUCAAAAAGGUGCGCACCCUGCGGAUGCACCUCUUCACGGGCCUGCAGCUGGCGUGCCUGGCCGUGCUCUGGGCCGUCAUGUCCACCGCCGCCUCCCUGGCCUUCCCCUUCAUCCUCAUCCUCACCGUGCCGCUCCGCAUGUGCCUGCUCACCCGCAUCUUCACCGCCCGCGAGCUCAAGUGUCUGGACGCAGAGGAGGCGGAGCCGAUCUUCGACGAGCGGGAAGGGGUGGACGAGUACAACGAGAUGCCGAUGCCCGUGUGAGGGGCGCCAGCAAGCGACCCUGUGCAGGGCUGUGGGGCACAGGCAGGCCCCUGGCUGCUGCACCAGGAGCUGCAGUGGCAUCGCCCGGACCUGCGGCCGCUUGGACUGUGCCCAGCUGGGGCAGGCGCCCAGCACUCCCCCAGUGCCUGUGCCACACCAGCCAUGAGAUGCUCACCGUCUCGCCCCCACCUGCCAAAGGAACCGUUCAGUGCCCUGCCCUGCGGGGGCCUGCUACCCGCCCUGGGCAGGGAGUGGGCCGUGCCGCCUGCCCCCAGCCACUGCCGUCCAAACUGCAUCGUGUGCUGGACCCGCUCCUGCAGCAUCCUGUGUGCCCCCUGGCGGGGUGGGGGGCUGUCCUCCCUGCUCCAGCCCCGGGCCCCACCCAGACAAUCAAGUGUUUCCUAAAUUCAGUGGGGUUUUAUUUAAGAGACUAAUUUAACUGUCAAUAAACAGCUUUCUAAGGAAUGUGGGGGGCCUGGCUUGGAGGGGCUGCGGGGGAGGCUCACACAGCAGGCCUGGAGCAAGCCAGGCUGGUGCCAGCAGCUGCUGCUCAGGUCGGUUCGGUGAACACGUUUGUGCAGCAAACCCAUGUGUCGCCCCUGCACUAUGUAAC